AAAAUAUUAGCAGAUCGACAGUUUGUCCGUAUUUAUUUUUUCAUGCAGUGCCCCAGACGGAUCCAAAGUUUCCAGACCCAGAUCGAAAUUUGCAAUUCAUAACCUGUGUUCGAACAUCAUCGGCGCAACUGGCGCUGUGUGUGUGCUGAGUUUUAUUUAUUGCGCACCCGCUUCCGCGCUUGCCAGGGUGCUAAAAUUUUGCGCGGCGCGCUGCGCGCGCCCGCUGUAGGUCAAUCCCCAAAAAGCCGCGCUGUACGUACCUUUUGCGUGUGCCAGGCAGUGGGUGCUAUACUUGAAGCGCCUCAGAUGCAAUUUGCGGACGGGCGAACAGUUCUGCUUUUUGGAUCGGGUUCCAACCAACGCAAAAACCAAAUGACGCAAAUCUCAAUGAAUACUUCCGAAAACUGUAAUUGAGAAUUUCAUCAAAAACCAUUCUACUGCCAAUCGCAAAGCCUUUUUUCUUGAACGUCGACGAGAAUUACUGCUUUGCUAAACUAUUACUUCUGGCAAAUAAAACGAAAAAACUACCACCUUAUACAAACCUGUUAUAGCAGCCACGGUCGAAGCUUUUCGUCUUCUUGUUAACCACAAGGACUCAAUUAGCUCCACCGCUGCGCUGUGCAUACUCAUCUUUCAUAAGCUUUCUUACUCUCGACCUCGACUAGCAUAGCUGAAUCUAGAUCUACUACUUGCCUCGAUAAAAAUAAGCAAGUAAGUACCCCCACGACCAUCAACGCUCGAUCACUUCCCUGAGCAUCGUGUUUACGUAAAUUUUUACCAAAAACAAAAACGAAAAAAUGCCGGGCGCCCGUUUCGUUUCUUCCGCCACUGCUCUUCUGCUGCAGCUUGCGGCGCUGCAACAGAACUCCGCCCUGCCGGGUGUCUUCGCCGCGCAUAGUCCUGCCGGCGAAACUCGGGACACGCCUCUGCUGGAGCAGAGCGGGGGGCUUCCACCUGCAGGGAGAGAGGUACGUCGGGACGAACAAGAAUAUCUCUCUUCUACCGAGAGGAAAAGCCAUUCCUUCCCGAACGAAAACGCAGUCGGCAAGUUUUUGUAUAGGCGCAUAUAUGGUCUUGAACAAAAGAACAAAGCACUACAUGAUUUUUCCAUUUGUAGGUCGAGCGGCAUGCAAUAGAUAAGAUAUGAUCGGCCAAUAAGAAAAAACUAUGAUGCGACAGAGAGCUGCUCGUGGUCGUGACGAAAAAUGCAACUGGACUUGUGGCCGUGUAAGGACGCAAACCUAGUACUUCAUGCAGCGGAGACUGAUUUCGGGUUGGGGUUGAGGUGGUUUUUUUUUUCUUGAUACCUCCUGCAAGUGCAGCCAACACCGGUGCUCUUACCGUGAGGAAAAACCUCCAUCCCAUCCCAUACGCGAACGCACACUGCAAAUUGCCAGACUUGUUUUUUACAGCCGCAAAAAUGCACUAGCCAAAUCGCAUUUUUUCGCUUUUAGGCUGACCUGCAGCCGUAUCGAUUAUUUAAGAUCGGCCAGAAAGUCAUAACGCGACAGAACGCUCUCGCAUUUUUUUCUUGCAAUACAACUGACCUUUGUGUGAGUGUGUAAUGACGAAAAUCUUCUUCACGCAGGAGCAACUCCACUUGGGUAGGGGUUCAGGGGGUUUUUCAUCGUGAUACCUUGUUGCCGCCCGACCGGUCGUCGGGUGCGCGCGACGUCUGCUCCUCCAUCCGGGGCGCGCUCGCAAAUCAGAGAAGGUGAGUCUAUCUCGUACUAUCGUGAGAAAUAUGAGGAAGCAGAGGCCAUGGUUGCCGUGGUGAACCGCCUCGAGAAGGCGAGAGGACUCUUGGAAGGAAUCCGAGACGACAUUAGAUUCGUCGAGCAGAACCAAACGCCUCGCGACAAACGGGGAAAUGACUACAAUGGAUGCAUCCGCCGAACGGGCAAGCAGCUCAGGGGCGUCGCCGGCACUGUCACGGCAGCUGGCGGCUUAUGGGCGUCGACGUUUGCUUCUACGUUGCCCGUCGCUGCGACGGGCCUAGCUGCAGCGGCGUGCGGUGGGCUCUGUUUGUAUCACUCCGAAUCGGAGCACGACCAACAGUCCCUACAAAAGCUGAUAGAGCUAAAGGAUGGAUCGGCGAAAAAGCGGGCGAUGGAGCGCCGAUUUCAGGAGGUGGCGCAGUUGCUGGUCAAUCCUCCGGAGCAGCAGCAGAUUGCUGAAAUCGAAGCCACCGGUUUUCCCGCAACUACGAACGACUACAAAGACAUUCUAGAGAAUCUGCAGGCACGUUGGGUGCAAGCGAACGUCGACGAGAUCAUUGCGAAGUGGAAGAAGAUCAUGCUGUGUGGCUGCUGCACUCGAACUCCUCAUGCUGCGCCAGCAGAGGGGGCGCCAGCAGCGCCGCCACAGCAGCAAAUCAUGGCACGGUCAGCGUCCUCCUUACCGCCGGCGCCAUAAACCAUGGUCGACCCUGAAACUACACAUCACGGAUGGCUGUAUUCUGCGUGAAAAUGUCCCCACCCCAUAGUCAAGUUGGUAAGUAGUCUGCAACACAAAUCUCCAAGCUUUCAGAGUUUUGCAUGGCAAGUUUCCAUCUGCACAGGGUAGUGCUGGCCAGCAAUGACAGACGCAUCACAAAGACACACGCUUAUCCUAUGUACAGCAUUACAAAUUUUUCCAAAACACGACUGGAAAUGCCUCUCAUGGGGAUACGCAUUACAAACCUUUCUGUCACUGCUUUUCUGCAUUACAACUCUUUGCUGGGGACGUUUUUACUCAGGAUAGGCUGCAGCUGUAGUGCAUCGCGGGCCGCGGUUAUAUCCAAUAUAAAAGUUGUCGAGUCCUUGUACGGAAGCAGUAUGCAUCCUGACCACGGGUGGUAAUCGCUGUUUGAGCUGCUUUUUAUUCGGAAUGUGAAGGAUUUUUAUGAUGGGCUGUGCUUACAACAGAAGGCGAAAAUAUGCUGCAAGAAGAAGAAGGCGAAAAUAUGCUGCAAGAUUGACAGUGGAUCGUUAUCAUCUACAAAGAGGAAAUUCAAAUUUUGAACAAACAAACAUGUAGGUUUUGAAGUAUGAAUUGCAAUGCAAAUUUUGAAAAAAAAUAAUUUAUUUGCAAGUUUUGAAAAAACAAACGCUCUACCAUUUUACGGCCGUUGCUGGAGUUGCGAGUGCGUGACUCCAGUUUCGACUCUGCGUCGCGGGGCAGAGAGACGCCCUCGUACAAAAUACCCCAAAGCCCAAAGCAUCCAUAUUGUAUUUAUCACCCUGUCCACACAGCUGCUUCUUCUACACGACCUCGAUUACGAUUGCCAGGCGGAAUUACAAUUCUAUCUUGCUUUCCUGUUCUCUUUGCACGAUUAGAACUCCUAAAUGGUGUUGAAGAGAGGAGGGUGCUUGAUUCAACACGACCAGGCAAGAACAAGAAGCAGCCCCUGCUCACAUGGCGCAGCACGGCGCGAAUCGAAAGAGCUACUUAGCCAAAAACUCUACUUUUGCGCUAGUAGUUCUACAACUUCUCGCACGGUGUUGUAAAGACUUUUUUACCGAUAUCGAAC